GUAUUUUUUUCUUUUCUUCUUUAUAACUUUUUUUUUCUCCCCAAAAAAAGAUAUUACUGUACCAUCCGGGUCACUGGCCACCAUUAAACAUAUUACGAAGCGCUUUUUUUUUAUUGGAUCACUUGCUCCAUCAACCUCUUUCUAUAUUAUCUUCCCCCUCCUCUCUUUGACAAUCUUUUUCAAUUUUCACUUUUUAAUUGAACAACAACAACAAUAAUUAACAACGACAUGACUGAUUAUUCCUAUGAAUCGUUUGUUUCUCCUUUGGAUGCUUUGGCUUUUGAUAUUGCUGCAAGUCCUUCCAAAUUGGAUCAAGAAGCUGCUGCUGCUGAACUUGCUCUCUGGAGUAAUGCUCAAUUUACCUUUGACGUGAAACCUGGUGAAGGUAUUUAUGACGAUGAAAAGACCAACAAUGUUAAACAGGAUAAUGAUCCUAUCACUUAUGAAAAAUUGGUGAAUUAUUUGGAUUAUGAACUCCCUCAACAACAACAACAACAACAACAACAACAGCAGCAACAACAAGUGAAGCCUGAACAAUUGGUAUUGAAUCAUCCACCUGUUUUGUCACCUCAACCUUUGACUAUUACUUCGCCACCUGUUCAAUCCACUUCUUUGCCUCGUGGUGGUCGUCAACUUCUUCCUAAACCUACCAUGUCUGUACCUUUGGCUUCAUUGUUAACUUCACCUCUUUUGCCCUUGAGUCUUCCUCCUUAUCCAACAACAACAACAACAGCGAAUGCCCCCAAGAAAGCACGCAAGAAAUCGGCAUCCACUACUGCUGGUGUGAAACGUGAACGGGAAAAUGAAGAACUCAGUGAAGAAGCGAUUCUGGCUGAAGAAGACAAACGACGACGCAAUACUGCUGCUAGUGCAAGAUUCCGUAUCAAGAAGAAAUUACGUGAACAAGCCAUGGAACAAACGGUACAUGAUAUGACCAAGAAAUCGGAACUUUUGCAAGAUCGUGUCAAUGAAUUGGAAUUGGAAGUCAAGUGGUUACGUAACUUGUUGACUGAAAAGGAUAUGAUGGUCAAGAACAAUGCAUGAAAUUUGAAAAAAACAAAAAUAAGAGAGAGAGAGGGGGGAAGAUUUUAGAAUAGAAAUAUUGGAUUUGGUGUAUGUGGAGUUGAUCAAUUCUUUUUACUUCUUUAGUAUUUUUUUUUCUUUGUUUUCUUUUUUUUUUUUAGUAUUAUA